CAAAACAAUUACAGACAGCAAAUUACCGGAGUCGGUUAUUAUUAUUAGUAAUAAUAAAAUAAUCAUCAUCAUCGACCGGAUAAUCAGUUUUGAAACUAAAUUGGGUGUAUAGGUAAUAAUACAUUGCGGGUAGGCCUAUAAUCAAAAAUAGGGGUCGGUAUCUCUGAAGUGAACUUUAUCUGACACGGAGUUACGCCCCUACACAGUAAAGUGCUUCGAUCUCAGUAUGUGCCUUAGACCUUCCUGCUCAUUCAUUUCGUCUGGAAAAUCGGGAAUGGCGCACAUUCAAACAGUGGCUCUGGUAGGGGCAAGGUGGCUUGCCAACGCCGUCAAAAGUAACCGGGUCGGACCCGGUCUUCGCAUCUUGGAUGCCUCUUGGUAUCUGCAGAAAUUAAAACGCGACGCAAAGAGGGAGUUUAAACUUAAACAUGUACCAGGGGCUGCUUUCUUCGACUUAGACAGAUGCAGCGACCAAACCUCUCCUUUCGAUCACAUGCUGCCCAGUGAAAGCCAAUUUGCAGAUUAUGUGGGAAGCUUGGGGAUCGGGAACAAAACGCACGUCGUGGUUUAUGACACCAGCGACUGGGGCUGCUUUUCUGCCCCGCGGGUUUGGUGGAUGUUCCGGCUCUUUGGCCACAUUUCGGUGUCCGUGCUGGACGGUGGGCUGAAGCGCUGGCUCCAAGAAGGACACCCUGUCACCAGCGGAUACCGCAAGCCCGAGCCCGUCGACUUCCAAGCCGGGAUGAACCGCUCCUGGGUGAAGACGUACGAGGACGUCUUGGACAAUGUGGACCGCAAGGUUUUCCAAUUAGUGGACGCUAGACCGUGCGGCCGGUUUCGUGGGAUCGACCCAGAACCCAUGGACAACACCGAGCCCGGCCACAUCCCUGGCUCCAUCAACAUGCCAUUCUCCUCCUUCCUGGAUCCUUCUGGUCGUCUGCGUCCCACCGAGGAGCUGGGGGUGCUCUUCUGGUCCGCCGGGGUGGACCUGACGCGGCCCAUCUGCGCAUCCGGAGGCUCGGCGAUGACCGCCUGUCUCGUCACACUGGCUGCCUACCUGUGCGGCCACCAGGGGGCCUCGGUGUAUGAUGGAGGCUGGUCCCAGUGGUACGCCAGGGCCCCACCGGAAUACGUCAUCUCCGAGGGGAGGGGAAAACACAUUUUCCGGGGACUGCGGGGUGAGGGGCUGGGGAUGACAGGCUAACAGAUACACAGCAGGUAAACACUCAGUGUGUGACGGCCUUCUAUUCUUUGGACAUGACUUUAGAGUAUCCAGCGUUUUAAAGGUUGCUGAGGUGUUAGAAAGCCUUUGUUAGUAAUGCCUCUGUGUUUCAUUACUGAGUAGAUCACUGACAACAAGAACCCACACUCCAGAGGCUGUGAAUGUUCUGCUAGAGGAUGUCUGUGAUGCUCACUGCACAAUGCAUUUCUAAUUAACGAUAAAGGUUUAUAAGAUCUAAGAUAUUUAGUGCAGAAGAAUGUAUUAUAACAGGGUCUUUGGUCGGUAUUAUUAGAUAAAUGAGGUUUUUUUUUUUUUCAAGCAACAUGCUUAGGAGAGGAAUUUUAUCUGAUGGGGCACAGAGUGCCUGAGGCUCAGACCAAGGUGUGCGUUGACAGUGUUUGGAAUCACGAUCUCUGCAGUGGAGGGUCGUCUGUCUCCAGUGCACAUCCAACAAAACAGCACUGGAUCUCACAACCUUUUGACGUCUACAGACUGGCUUAUGUCAUACAGAAAUUUCAGUCGACGAAAUUCACGUUUAAUUGUAUUAAUUUUUUUUCCACAUGUGAACAAAACACACGUAUGUGAGGGGUCGUUAAAAAGUAUGUCGUUUAUUUUUGGAAAUUAUCCAACGCCUCCAGAACACCCCCAGAGUUCCUCGGUCUGGGGGUCGGGAACCCCCCAUCUGAGCAGGCAGCUGUUGGUGUUUUAAUGCAAGGAAGGAUGUCGUUUUAUGUUGGAAGUUGGUGCUGCCGAAGUGAAAGAAAUGAAUCCAGUAAAUAUAAAUGAGAGAUGGGGGCAGCCAUGCCAGGUGAACCACACGAACAGCCACUGCCGACAUAAAAAUCGAUUCUACCACAUGCUUCCCCUUGGGCCUUUCCUUGAAUCCCUUUUAACGUUAAUUUACUUGGCUCACAUUUUAUUUAUGAUGGAUGCUCCGGUAAGUACGCAGUAAGGUUUGGCUCCCAGGCCCUAGUGGUGUCGGCCUAAACGCAGCUUAUCUGUGUGCUCACGGCUUGUUAUCGGACUCUGAGGACCCAGCCCACUGCCUGGCCGAAGAGAUACUGCAUCUUACUGGAAUGAGCCCUGUCCAGUAUAGGACUCCCCAAUCCACCCAAAACACACGCAGGAAUGAAGGGCAGUGCCUCUGUGUCUCCUGGCUUUUGACCUUUAAGCCAGUGCUUGAAGAAACGCCUGACAAAUUUCACAGCACAGUGGAGUUUUAGUUUCACACCAAGUUUCUCAGAAGCUCUGCCCUUUGACUAUUUGGUCAUCCUGGAAACUCUCUAAUGUCAUAAGUGUCCUUUGAACGUGGACAUUUGUUAUUGUAGGUCAGAAGCAUGGGUCUUUCCUUCAAUUUUCUUUGAAUUAAAUUUCCUUUUAUUUUUGUUCUGGAUACGGAUUAUAUUGGACUUUUUACACUGUAACGUAGGGUUUAAAUAAAUGGACUUUUUUGCAAUCGCAUGAAACAAAAACAGUAUCCUUUU